CAGCGCUAUUUAACGCGCCGCGCGGGUCGCACGGGGUGGAGUAUCGCUGAUUGUUGUUGGUCACUGUAUCGUACUUCUGAAGAAAUCUGGAAUAACUUCAACCAACCUCCUUACUAAUAACGGCAUAGGAAACGUUUUAAAAGUUACACAACCAAUCAUGCCUGUGCAACGCAUGAGAAUGAGACCUUGGUUGGAGAAGAAAAUUGAACUCCAGGAAAUUGACGGGCUGAGAUGGGUCGACAAGGAGAAGAAAAUAUUCUGCAUUCCAUGGAAGCACGCAGCUCGUCAUGGCUGGGAAAUGGAUAAAGAUGCCUCGCUCUUUAUGCAGUGGGCCAUUCAUACAGGGAAAUACAAGCCCGGUGUCACCCAACCCGACCCAAAAACGUGGAAGGCCAAUUUCCGCUGUGCCAUGAACUCCCUCCCGGACAUUGAAGAAGUCAAAGCAAAAAGCAUUCACAAGGGCUCAGAGGCCGUCAGAGUCUACAAAAUGCUGCAAUCUGUCAGCAAGAAAAAAGAGAAGAAAUCAAGGACGAAAGAUAACAGAAGAAAGAUGAAGGUCGCCGAGUCACACAUCAAGAUGGAUGAUGUGGACCACAAACAGCCAGAAACAGAGACGACUGUUCAGGAGGAACCCAUGCAAGAGACAACAGUGGACAGUUCAGAGAAUCAAGUGAGUUCAUCUCAUCAUUAUGGCAACGAGGAUAAUUUCUCCAACUGGCCUCCCACGGUGACGACAACCGUAUCAGAAGUUGACAGCACCAAUGUGUUCCAUUUCCAGGUGUCCCCUUUACCGUCCUCAGGCUUCGAUGAUGACGAGGCAGUUCUCAUUGAUCUGGCUUAUGAGCAGGAACAGUGGCAGCAAAGCAGCAUAGAUGGCAAAGGAUUCUUGAGCAAUGAGAUGGGGGCAGCAGAUUCCAGUCACAGUCAGGACAGCUUGUAUUCUGGGGCAGAAAACGAGCUGUAUUACCCUGAACUGCAUUCCGAAAAUUCUGGUGCUAUCAGCGCUAUUAGCGACUACGAGACCCCCAGCGCCAUGAAUUUUUACCCAAGUCAGCCAAUUUGCUGCCCUCAUUGAAUGCCAUGGGAUUGUGAUUCAUCAGCUAUGAAGAGAUUUAUAUACUGAGACAUUUUACCUGUAAGGUAACAGGCAUAUGCAAAGGAUAAUUUGAACUAUUUUCAAGGAUAUCAUUUUUUUUUUUUUUUUUUUUUUUUUUUUUUUUUUACGAAGAGUGCUGAUAUUAUUUUUAAACUGUGCUAUUUCUUGUAUGUGGAAGACUAUUGCACUUUAUAUAUAAAACAAUUAAACUACCACUCAACUAAACGCAUAAUAAAUGUGCUAAUUAGGCCCAAAUGUGUAGGGAAAAAAAAAAACAUAAUUAAAUAAGACGUUUCAUAUUGCUACUACUGUAACCGCUAUGGCUGUAUCAAUCAUGUGUUUAGUUGCUGUUUAGCACCUUCUCCUGCAAGGUCUCUGUGAUUUUUAUGGACAAUCGGAAAAAGAAGGAAAAGCAAAAACGAAAAAGAAAAAAAAAUGACGAUGAGGCAAAAAAAACAAUUAUUAUUAUUAUUUUUAUGUGGACAGAUAU